AUGCAAAUUUGCAAUUAUCGUGAAUUACCUGGAUGUCAGUUCGUUGUCACAUUAGGGCUGCAUUCUGUUCAUUCAUUACAUUUACAUAUUUUUAUCUUCUUUGGCCUUACAUGUUGGCUUCAGUCGUUACUUCACAAAUCUAACCAGGCUGUUAAAAUAUCUGAUGGGUUCCGAAAGAAUCCAGCCAAAUUCGGGGUUUCCUCUUCCUAUGUUGUCGAUGCUCUGAAUAAGUAUACGAUAGAGAGCAGCUGCUUAGCUUUUCAUGUUAGAGCUGUCGGCGGUAAUGUUUAUACGGGGUUUUAA